CAAAAAAUACUGACUCGGAAGAAGAAGAUGGGUCGUUAUCAAAAAAUAGGAUUGUUAGGUGUAACACGGACUUGAGAGAAGGAAAAGCACUCAAAAGGAUCCAAACGAUGAGGUUUGUUUCUGGGACGCUUUCAAGAGGACCAAACGUGUUAGAAACGAUCAUCAAAAAGGAUUGGACGAAGAAGACUUACGACCUACGAGACGAUAUAAUGGACGCAAUCAAAAACAUUCAAUGGAACAUACGAAUGGUAAAACACGAUAAAGAGUCAAAAAAGCUGAUUCGAAAUAUCAAAGAACGGCAAAAUGCGGUUAUAGAAUUAGUCGAAAACGAAAAUCGAUUUUUGAAUAACAUGAAUUUACUGGAAAAGGUCUUGGAAUUUUUAAAGAACUACGACAGCUGUUGUACAUUUGAAUUAGCGCGGAGGUUAAUCAAACCCAUAAUCAACAUCACAAAAAUAUUCAAAGACGAAGUCGACAAAGUGGUUGUGAAGGACGGUCAAUACGGAAGAGGCAUUUGCGCAAUUUUCGAUAAUUAUUUUAUGAAGUUCAAGUGCUACUCUCCGUUUAUCGAUUUGUACAAACGACUGAUGUCAGACUUCGUGGAUAAAGUCACGGAAAGACCUGAAGGAAAAAUAGCGAAGUACGCCGAGUCAUUAAAAGUCGAUAAACAAACGGAUCUGGACUCUCUAAGCUCGAUGCCAUUUCAGCACAUAAUGAGAUACCGAAUUCAAGUUGAGAGAAUAGUAGAAACCCUUCCGAAAUACCAUACGUUGUAUACCGAAUAUGCCAAAAUUCAGCCUGUAGUCAAUGGAGUUAUAGAAAGCAUCAACAAAGAGUACAGCGACUUUGCAGAAGACGUUGAACUGAUGGGAAUUCUUUCGGGCAAUCACUUUAAAUUUGAGAAGUCGAUAUUUGGGCGAAAAUUUGUGAAGAUGGAAACCGUCGAGGUGCAGUUUAACAAAUCGGACAGUGGAAAAAAGGCUGAAAAGGUCAUGAAGAAAAAGAUGAGUGCGAUCGUUCUUACGGACGCACUUGUGUUAGUCAAAGAGAAGCUUGGCGAGACGUUAGAAGACAUCAAAGCAAAAAAGAAUUUUGAGAUAGAGAAUGUUUUGUAUUUAGAAAAUGUUUAUCUGACACUGACAAGUACCAACGAAAUUGAGUUGGUUGAUCGAAAGAACAAACAUUACAUCAUUAAAAACAAUUCGAACAACCAACCCAAUGAACUUUUCUCUGUGUUAGAAAAGAACAGAAAUGAUAUCUGGAAGAAGUACACAACGUUCAUUGAAAACGUUGUCGAUGUAUAUAAACCUUAUGAGGAGUUGGUGUUUCCUGGCUGUAGUUUCCAUUGCACUGUCACGACCCAAAAUAGCGCCCAACACAUAUUAAUCAGUGGAUUCUACCUGCGUAUUUUUCAAACCAUCGAAUUGUGUGUUAAAAAUAAAGAUCCCAACACAUCACUGAACCUAUUUUUGGUUCAUCCCACUUUGAUAAAAACGGAGAAGAAUUGGAAAAUUGUGUUGCGGCACACCAAUGAGACUGAACAGAGCGAAGCCGUCACUUUGGAAUUUGAAAACGCAAACAACUCAGCGAUCUGUUAUAACAUGAUCUUUUACUCGAAGCACGAGUUUUUACUUUCCAACUCUCCUCCAAUUCCAGUUGUCAAAGAUCUUUCCGUGUUGCCAUAUUCACAAACAUUGUGUGACUUUGCGAAGACGAAUAAUGGCAACGACAAGUGCAUUAACUGUGGGAAGAAAUCGGAGUUUGUCGAUUCCUCGCUGGGCUUUUUCUGUUGUAAGUUAUGUAAACAAUUGCACCUCAAGAAGAAUCCAACCAAGUCUUCUGAGAAGUUGAUUCCCAUCUCUUCUCUUAAUCCCCACAACACUCUUUUCACUUCAAUCAAUUUACCUGGGCUUGUUUCAAAGGGAAACGACUUUAUCAAAGCUUUCUACCCGAUGUCCAGUAUGUUUUAA